UGUCGCAAAUGCAGUUUGCAGCUCUUCAUCCUUGACCAAACUACACGCGACCACAUGCAGAUGUAGAUCCAGAUCCGGCGAGCACAGUGAACGCCGACCAAGACGGAACCAACAUACGAACGAACAAGAGAAUACGCAAGACACCACACACGACCCUGGCACCGUUCUUCGUCGGCACUCGGCUUCUCCCUUUUCUUCCCUUCUACAUCUGAACGACCCUUCUCCCUUCACCCCGCCAUUCUGCUUCAGAUUGCCUGAAGAAACAGAAACUUCCGAUAGCACAGAGACAAGAUUAUCCCAGAUCGCCUGAAGAUGUUGGACCUGUAACUCAGGCCUUAGGGUUGUCCAACACUCCGGUGAUAGAUGCUUUUGUUGAGAUCUUUACUGACAUUGAACGAAAGGACAAAGCUAAUCCUCGUCAUUGGUAUCUUCCGGUGUCAUUUUCGAGAAUAGCAGAUAGUGGCCAUGUAAGCUACUUCCUCAACUUUGUCAAACAGAAUAAUAUAAAAGAAAAUUACAUGUCUGAUCACUUGGUUGACUGUGAAAAGAUAUUCAUUCCGGUUCAUGUUGGGCGAAAGUUAGAUGGACAUUUUUAUUUAUACCUUAAUGAUUUAAAGAAUAAAUUGGUUGAAAUAUGGGAUUCUCUAUUAGAUGAUGAAUAUAUGACUAAAAUAGAACGUGACGAGACAACUCAAAAUUUGCUGAUUGCCAUGGAAAAUCUCUUCAAGGAUACUACGUUCACAAAAUUUGAUCAGACGAUGGCGAAUAAUAUUCCAUUAGAGUCCAACAAGUAUGAUGGUGGCAUAUUUGUUAUUAACUUUAUGCAACAAAGGAUUCAUUCAAUUCAGGUUAACAGCGAUGAAGCAAGGCUGAAUCUAGCUCUACAGUUACUUAACAGUAACCUGAAUAAGGAAAAGGCAAAUCUAUAUUGCAAAGCAGAAUGUUCACAAGUAAAAGCAAAAGAAGAUUCAUAUAUGUCUGGAGUUAAGAGAAGGCGUGCUAGCCCUAAAAAUGUUGGCAGAGAGGCAUAUAUAGAAUUGGAUGAUUCUAAUAGAAAAGUUAAGAGAGACCAUAUUGAUUUGAUAACAGGAUCUUCUAAAGGUUAUGUAUUACCAGCAACAAAUUUAGUAGGGGAAGAGUUUCAAGAAUAUAUUGAUCAAAUAUGGAAGUGGAUAAUGGAAGAUAAGGCAUCAGCAAUUGGGAUAUAGGGAAUGGGAGGAGUGGGCAAAACAGCUUUAGCAACUCAUAUCCAUAACAAGCUUUUAGAAGAAGCAAGUGGUGACUUUGAUCAUGUCAUUUGGGUAACUGCAU